CUUGUGCUGUAUAAACUGCCGUACCAUGGUUACAUGUGCCAACAAGAUUUGAGAGAAAGUCAUUUGAAAAUUAGAAAUGCCAGGCAUACUACUGGGAGACGUGCUCCCUAAUUUUGAAGCAGAGACUACGAUCGGCAAGAUCAAAUUUCAUGAAUUCCUGGGAAAUUCAUGGGGUAUCUUGUUUUCACAUCCACGUGACUUCACUCCAGUAUGUACGACUGAACUAGCCCGAGCAGCAAAGCUCAGUGAUGAGUUUAAGAAGCGUGAUGUAAAGAUGAUCGCAUUGUCCAUUGACAGUGUCGAGGACCACCGCAAAUGGAGUGAGGAUAUUAUGGCAUUCAACCAAGAGAAUGUAUGCGGUCCACUGCCGUACCCAAUCAUAGCAGAUAACAAGAGGGAGUUAGCGGUCUUGCUGGGGAUGCUGGACCCUGAUGAGAGGGACAAAGAUGGGAUCCCCCUCACUGCCCGCUGUGUCUUUGUUGUCGGUCCUGAUAAGAGACUAAAGCUCUCUGUUCUCUAUCCGGCCACUACGGGGCGCAAUUUCGAUGAGAUUCUUCGUGUCAUAGACUCUCUGCAGUUGACUGCAACUAAAAAGGUGGCCACACCUGUGGACUGGAAGCCUGGACAGGAGGUCAUGGUCAUCCCGUCCCUCUCAGAAGAAGAGGCCAACAAGCUUUUCCCAGCUGGCUUUACCACUAAAGAGGUGCCUUCUGGAAAAAAAUACAUACGCUACACUAAACUGUAACUGUAAAAAUGAAUCUACAUUGGAAAUACUACAGAAAUGGCACCCAACAUAAGCACUUAAUCCAGUGGUUCUCGGACAUGUUUACCUGUAUACCUGUUCACCAACAGUACAUCAUUCAAAUAUGUUCCUAAUAAAACACACCUGAUUUAACUCAUUAGCUUGUUUAUGUAAUAAAGUACACAAAAAACCGAGUCAUCCAGAAUGUGUACUGUUGGGGGUCCUCGGGGAUAAGAUUCAGAAACUGUUCUUUGUGUCCUCUCAUUUAGUCUUGAGGGAUCCAUCGCCUAUUUCUUAUAUAACAAUUGAAAAAUCAGAAUUGAACUGGUCAAAUGACUUUAGGCAUACAAUGUAGUUAUUGUAUUGUGCCUUAAAUUCAAUAAAACUGUUAAUUUUUUUAUUUAA